GUUAAAAGCUUUUUUAAAUCAAAGGUUGAAAUAAACAAUUUAUCAAUGAUGAACUCAAAAAGCUUAGAGUAUAGACUCUUGUAUUUUUUUUCUUUUUCUUUUUGAUCAAAAAUGCAACAAGGUAAUGAGCUUUAGUAUGUAACAAACAGCAUUUCAUACAUCUUUCUUUUUCUUCUAGAAAUGAAUGAUAUUGUUCAUAUUCAAUUAACACCACAGGAUAUUAGCGAGUCGAAGCCUUAUUCUGAUGCAAGCUUUGAAGAUUUUGGCCUCUCUCAAGAUCUCAUUAAAGGUGUAUAUGCUAUGAGAUUCUCUAAGCCUUCCAAAAUUCAAGCUAUGACACUUCCUUUACUUCUCCAAGACCCGUAAGUUUAUCUGAAAUGUUACUCAAUAGUUUAAUUCUGUUAAGACCUAAAAAUAUCAUUGCUCAGUCUCGAAAUGGUACUGGAAAGACUGCCGCUUUUACGCUUGCUAUGCUUCAAAGAGUCAAUCAAAAUGAACCUUAUCCUCAAGGUCUCUGUGUUUUACCUACAAGAGAAUUGGCUCGCCAAAUGUAUAACACUGUAACUCAAAUGGCUCAAUUCACUAAAGUCCAAACUGUUCUUGUGGUCAAAGAUUCCAAGGCUAAAUAUCAACAUAUGAGCCAGCAUAUCAUUAUUGGUACGCCUGGCUCUCUUUUAGAUUCUAUCCGUCGUAGCUAUAUUGACACAGGACAUCUAAAGACAUUAGUAUUGGAUGAAGCGGAUCAAAUGUUAGAAGAACAAGGCCUUGGUGACCAAAGCUUUAGAAUCAAAAAUGCGAUUACUAGUAGAUCUGUUCAAACGAUGUUGUUCUCUGCUACUUUUCCUGAUCACGUACAAAAGUUUGCUUUGAGGUUUGCUCCUAAUGCAUCUCGUAUCUUGUUAAAGCGCGAAGAGCUGAGUGUGGAACGCAUCACACAGUUCUAUAUGGACUGCAAUAGUGAAGAACAUAAAUACGAAGUUCUCUGUGCUCUUUAUGAUGUCUUGACAGUAAGCCAAAGCAUUAUUUUUUGCAAGACAAGAGAUACAGCAGAAAAAAUCGCAAGUAAAAUGACAGAUGAGGGACAUGCUGUCAAGAACUUACACGGUGGCAUGAGCUCAGUCGAACGUGACCAGUUGAUUGAUGAUUUUAGUCGUGGUGAAUUCAAAGUCUUGAUCUCGACCAAUGUUGUUUCUCGCGGUAUUGAUAUUCCUCAAGUCUCAUUGGUAAUCAAUUAUGAUUUACCUACAGACCAUAAGGGAGACCCUGAUCCUGAAGUUUAUUUGCAUCGCAUUGGACGCACAGGUCGAUUUGGCAGAAAAGGUGUUAGUGUGGCCUUUGUUCAUGAUCAUCGGAGCUGGAUUGAAAUGAACUUUAUUGAGCGAUACUUUGGUAGCGAUAUUAUCAAAGUACCUACUGAUGAUUGGCAGGAAACAGAGAGGGUUUUAAAAUCCUUGAUCAAGUAAUACUCUGCUAAACUUUUUCUAUCAUUCAAAACGGAUAAUAAUGAAAUAAUGUAACGUUGAUCAUACUAAAUAUUUAGGCCAUAUGUUUAACUUUAAAAUUCAGAAUAAUCUGGACUUGCU